AUGAUUCAAUAUUUAAAUUUGAUUGAUUCACUAAAUUUUGCGACUGGUGAUUCUGAUAAAAUUGAGUGUGAUUCAAUUGGUUCGAAGGUUGUUGAUGUCCAAAAAUUCUUGGUAUAUUUUGAUUUUGCUGAGGAAGUAAUUGUUGCUGCUGAACAGUGUGAGGAUGCGGAUGCAAAGUUGACGGAUUUGGUAGUAAUCCAAGUUGUGCUCCCUCAUUUUGUGAUAAAUUUAUAUGAGGGUGAACAGUGUUGUACGGUAUGUGUUGGUGACUUAAAUGUCGGACCAGGUCAUUUAAUGCAAAAUUCGAUGGAUGUUUAUGUCCAAAAUUAUUUGGGGUUUCAUUAUUCUGUAGAGGAGGUAUUUGUUUAUGUUGCCGAUCAUUUCCAUGAAAUGGAUGCACAGUUGAAGGAUUUUGUUGAAAUUCAGUGUGUGCUCCCUCAUUCUGUGUUAAACUCAUUUGAUGGAAAACAUGGUUGUUUGUUGUAUGUUGAUCAAUUAAAUGCCCAGCACCUUGUAAAUUUACAUUUAAGUUUGAUUUUUUGA